GAUUGAUGAACGGAUGCUCGGAAUGUUUACGCGGAGACACGCAGCCUAGCCGCAGCAAGCUGAGGACACGGAGUAUUAGUCGAGCAGCCUGCGUGCACGUGUUUCAUUCUCUGGCCUCUUUUCUCUCUAAUACAGCCGAUCAGUGACAGCUAGCUACACAGAUUCACUCGAGCUUUAAGCAAGAGAGAAAAAGUACUCACUACUGAAAAUUCUCUCAGACUACGUACCAUCUUUAAAGACGAUCUCGUGCUGGGAGCUGCCGUCCUUUCCACGGCAAAGAUGACUGGAGUUUUCCUUGGUCUUGAGACUUCGGCCUGGAAGUCAUCGAUUUUAUGUUAUGCUUCCGUGUGAUAGUUGCAGAUUCGGGAGAGUGCUUCACCAAAAAGACUCCUAAAAAAAGGGACGGCAGGGGUUGACAUCCAUGUUCCGGGGCCACGUUUCGUCAGACGCCAUGCUGCAAUUUUGGCGGGCUGUUAAUGAGGUCCUUGAGACUCCAUGUUGACUGCUGCCGAAAUUGGCCCCGAUACAAGUGUACAUGAAUUGAGGAGUGUGGACGAUACGACAUUAAUGUUGAGCUUGUUGAUUAGGAAGCGAGGAAACAUAUAACAGCCUUGCUGACGACUGUCAAGACUCAAGAGAAAUAGUAAAACUCAGCGUCUCCAAGCAGUCAGCGUCGAGCUUGAGCAGUAACUCAGAAUCCAAGAUGGCAUUCUCAUGGAUAACUUACCAGUGCACGCGUGCGUUCUUCACCAUCGUGGUCCUCAUUAGCAUAUCUGUGUCGCCGGUGAUCGCUGCGACCCCGGCGACAUUGGCCGGGCCCGGUAUGCCGCAGCAACCCGUACAUCACUCGGGAUCAUCCCACAAGUCCGGCGGGCUGGACAGCUUCCAAACUGGCAUGAUCAUCGGCUUCGUGACUUUCGCCGUGCUUGCCCUCUGCAUGAUGCUCCUGAUUCUGUACUUCCUGGUGCGCGGCACACGGAAAGAGCUGCGCAAGGCACAGGUGGAGCUGGCCGAACUGCGGGAACAGCGCCGCCAAGACAUGGCCACCGAGAGGCUGCAGGUCAAAGGUCGGGCCUCCGAGCUCCGCUGCAUCGUGGACGAGGAGGAAGACGACUCGUCUGAUCUCGUCAAGGACGAGAAUGAGCAAGACGACGGCGUGGGCUACGACUACCAGCCGCCGCCCUCGCCGCCGGCCUACGAUAACUACACGUACGUCGCCAUGGAAGCGCAGAGGAACGGUCGCCAUGGACGGAGCAAGCGCAAGGCCAAUGAUUGCAUAAUAGAAAAUUAGCGAAGGUGAAAAUCUGCGAGUAAACUCCAAAUGAAUAUGCAAAUUUAGCCCAGGUGAGAUCCAGUUAUGCACAGUGCUAUUGGAACUUGACAGCCUGCACAGACUUUUCUUCGGUGGCUGGUACCACGUACGCACUGCAGAUGGAAAUAAUCCGUUACAUCGGCAACCAGCCUGAUAAUGGGAGACUUUCGAGACGCUUGGUGGCAGCAGACACACCGGUCCUUUUCUAUUGUUGACGUCAUUGUCAACAUGCGCAUGCGCAUGUCUCAGAAGUCUUGUUAUCUACUAUUCUAAUUUAAGUAUUUUGCAUUGCAGGACUGUCUGUGAUCUCAAGUGACGUAAAUAUGAAAAUCCUUGUUUCAAAUUUGAGUUUUAGGCAAUUUUUUUUAAACUCGAGGCCUCCACAAUCAUUGGCAUUGAAUACAGUUCGAAAGGCGCCCCUUGAUUGGCACUUCUCAGUUUAAUAAAUGUUCUUGAGCGCACGUCAGUCAACGUGACACAGAUUGUAUGACAGAUAGAUAACAGCGAGAAUUAGCGAACAAAAAGAGAUUCUGCUGACGUUAUUUUCAGAGGUAUUGCUCAAUAAAUCGAAAUCAGAGCUUAUCGAAAAAAGCGUCUAAGCCCCAAAACAAUCAACGCGUUACCAAAUUACAUCCUUAGCCCAGGAUCGCAGGAACUGGAGGAAAUUUGUGGUCGCCUGCUCCGCAGCCGAAUGAAUGAUGAAUGAUGAUGUUACAAAAGUGACGCCGUGUUUUCACAAACGCAUUGAGUGACUGAGAUGAACAAGACUCCUCGAUGAUAAAUCCUGAACUAUUAAACUUAAUGCAACGCCUGAAUAAACCCCCGUCAUCUGAUCGGUGGGUCGUUGCUCGCAUAUCAUUGAAUUAUUCGUCCCAACCCUCACAAAACCGCGCCACAAAAACCAGAAGUUUCAUGUCACGACAAAUUGAAGUUUCAUUGGACGGUCACACUAUUGGAGGCGCGAUCUGAUAAUACAAUUUGCUCUGAUCAAUGAAAUGAGGAUGAUUUAUUCAGGUAUUGUAUAAAACAAAAUAACGAAGGAUUCACAAUCGUGCACUGGAAAUAAUUGUCCUGGGGACAGAUGGAAUGUUCCAUUCCACUCGGUUUCGCCUGGUCGAAUCGACCAUAUGUCACCUCACAGUUAUUGCCAUUGCACUCAAAAACUUUAAUUAUUCGUAUAUCCAUUGCUUUUGUAAUACGCUCUAAGAAUUAGCAACAGGUACGGCUGUCAAGCUUACUUCUAGGGAUGCUUUGACACCAGUGUAAACCUUUCUUGGUUUAAUAUCUCUGACCGAAGUUUGAUUCCAAAGCGAGGCUUUACUUGCGAACAAACUAAUCGUAUACUCUUUAAGUCGUCACUGCGUUGAUAGCUAAGCUGUUGCGUAAGUAUCCAUACCCGCACCAGUGCAGCCCGGUUAACCGUAAAGAUGCGUCACUGUAGUUGACAAGCUCAAAACGUGUACAGAGGUGUUCAGGCAAUACGACGUUUUUAAACGAUAGGAGUUUGUGUCAAAAUAUAUUUACAUAAUAAGUCCUACUUCUUCAUAAUAAUAGAUGUAGAUAACAUUUCAAAUGCAUACUCCCAUAUUUUGUGUGUUUUUUAUAAAACGGAGACAUAGAAACGUGAUUAUC